AGCUGUUGCCAAUGAGCUGCAGGAGCUCUCCCUGCAGCCCGAGCUGACCCUCAGCCUCCAUCAUGGCCGGAACCCCAACCUGCCCCCACUCAGUGAAAGGAAGAAUGAAUCCGCCUUCAGGUCCAGGGAUUUCCUCUAAUAUGUUGGAUAAAGCCAAGACACUGCAGCCUGCCUAUGUCGGGAUUGUGCCGCUCGCAGAGACUGUGUCAAAGCAAGGCAAGAGCUGUUCAAGCGCGUAUCAGGAUUCCUACCACAGCCUACGAGAAGUGCUGCAGUUGAAGCUCCAGCAGCGACGCACGCGGGAGGAGUUGGUGAGCCAAGGGAUCAUGCCGCCUCUGAAAAGUCCAGCUGCAUUUCAUGAACAAAGAAAGAGUUUGGAGCGUGCCAGGACAGAGGACUAUCUGAAACGCAAAAUCCGCUCCCGGCCAGAGAGAUCAGAGCUGGUUAGGAUGCACAUUCUGGAAGAGACCUCAGCUGAACCCUCCUUGCAGGCUAAGCAGCUGAAGCUGAAGAGAGCCAGACUGGCAGAUGACCUCAAUGAGAAGAUAGCGCAGAGGCCAGGGCCCAUGGAGCUGGUGGAGAAGAACAUCUUGCCUGUAGAAUCGAGCCUGAAGGAAGCUAUUAUUGUUGGACAGGUGAACUACCCAAAGGUUGCAGACAAUUCCUCCUUUGAUGAGGACAGCAGUGAUGCACUCUCCCCAGAGCAGCCAGCCAGCCAUGAGUCCCAAGGCUCUGUCCCAUCGCCGAUGGACUCCCGGAUUUGUGAACCUCUCCCUAGCACCACUGGUACAUCACUAGCUCAGGGUUCAUCCCAGUUGCAGAUUAGUGCAGACUCCAGUGAAACUCUUUUCCUACCUGAGCAGCCACCUCCACCACUGCCACCUCCACCUCUUCUGCCCCCUAGUCUUACCAAUGGAGUGGCUCUUACUGCUGCCAAGCCCCCACCAACACUCAUUAAGCAAAGCCAGCCCAAGUCUGCUAGUGAGAAGUCUCAGCGCAGUAAAAAAGCCAAGGAGUUGAAGCCGAAAGUCAAGAAGCUUAAGUAUCAUCAGUAUAUUCCCCCGGACCAAAAGCAGGACAAGGGAGCUCCUCCCAUGGAUUCAUCCUAUGCCAAAAUACUGCAGCAACAGCAGCUCUUUCUCCAGCUUCAGAUCCUCAACCAGCAGCAGCAGCACUACAACUAUCAGACCAUCCUGCCAGCCCCACCUAAGCCUCCAGGAGAGCAGCAGAGUGGUGCCAGUGCCCCUGCUGUACGCAAUCUCUCUGCCACAGUCAGCAGCACACCUUCAGUAUCUUCUGGUUCUAGUGGGCUGAUGAGACAAAACAGUAACACUGCGGUGGGCAAGCCUGGCCCUCUACCUGCCAACCUGGAUGAGAUGAAGGUAGCAGAGCUGAAGCAGGAGCUCAAGUUGAGGGCCUUGCCUGUCUCGGGCACAAAGACGGACCUGAUUGAGCGUCUCCGAGCUUACCAAGAGCAGAACGGUGCAGCUGGCCAAACAACCCCCACUCCCAAGCCCAGCACAGCAGCCGUCCUCCCUAAAGCUGCUGAAGUGGUGGUGGCCUUCCCAACUGCCAGGCUGAGCACAGGGCCAGCCCUGGUCACCACUGGCAUUGCACCAGCAGAAGUAGUUGUGGCCACAGUUACUGGUGGCAGCGUGAUGAAGUUUGGGAGCACAGGCUCAACUCCUCCUGUUUCUCCAACUCCUUCUGAGCGCUCGCAAAUGAGUACAGGGGAUGAAAACUCGGGCACUGGAGAUACCUUUGGAGAGAUGGUGACUUCACCUUUGACUCAGCUUACCUUGCAGACAUCUCCAGUGCAGUUCUUGGUGAAGGAAGAAAGCUCCAAGUCUGCUUCUUGCAGCAUAAAUGUGGCACCCAAGUCAGAGUGGUGUGGUGGUAACAGCAGAGAUGCAGAAGUCAGGGACAAAGACCAGAUGCUGCAGGAGAAGGACAAGCAGAUUGAGGAACUCACCCGCAUGCUGAAACAGAAGCAGCAGCUGGUGGAGAUGCUUAGGCUGCAGCUGGAGCAGGAGAAGCGCUCCCAGCAGUCACAGCCAGCCCCAGCAGUCACAGGAGAAGGAACAGCCCUUGCCUCCAAACCAGGAGCGUUUGGCACCCAGGUCAAGAGUGAAAAUGGUUUCCUGAGUUGCCAGUGUGCGAAGCAAUCUAGUGGCCAAACAGACCAAUUCAGCCCUGCACCAACCACUAGCCAAAUGGACACUUCAAAUCCAAGCCCAGUGCCAAAGAAAGCUGUGAUGGUGAAGCAGGAGGAGGCAGAGCCGCCGUGCCAGUCCCACAGCCCGCGGCUUAUCCUUGGCCAGCAAGGGAGCACCCUCAUCAAGGGCACCCCUCCCCCCACCCUCAUCACUGACUCCACAGGGACCCACAUUGUCCUCACCGUGACCAAGCAGAGCACCGAGAGGCCGGGCCUCUCUCCCCACGGGAUGGCAGGGAGCAGCUGCUCACCCCUGCAGAGCGUACAAUCAUCACCCGCUAAAACUUCCAGCCAGCUGCCGUGUCAGGUACCUGCAAACAGCCCUCAGCAGCAGCAGCAGCAGCAGCAGCAGCAGCAGCAGCAGCAGCAGCAGCAGCAGCCCAGAGGACCAAACCAAUCUAAGUCCUCAUCGCAGCCUGGCUCUCCUGCUGCGCCUUCCCCCUCCCAGAUGGACCUAGAGCAGCAACAGCACACGCCGCUUUUUGGAACUCCUCCACCUCCUCUUCCAGUUCCCUCGGUCCCAAUGAAAGAGCCACCACCAGGCUAUGAAGAGGCCAUGAAGCAACAGCCAAAGGCCCAGGAGAACGGCUGUUCCAGCCAGCAGAUGGAUGACCUGUUUGAUAUCCUCAUUGAAAGUGGAGAGAUUUCUGCUGACUUCAAGGAUCAGUCGUCCCCAGCUGGGAAAGAACCACCUGUGGCCCCGGCCUGUUCCCCACCGCCCAGCAGCAACCACUCCUCGGAGCUGGCAGUGCCAGUGUCCCUGGGGCAGCCGGUGCUCGUGGGCCGGCUGGAGGACUUCCUGGAGAGCAGCACCGGCCUCCCACUGCUGACGGCAGGCCACGAUGGGCCGGAGCCCCUGUCCCUCAUUGAUGAUCUCCACAGUGAGAUGCUGAGCAGCUCGGCCAUCCUGGACCACCCGCCUUCACCCAUGGACACCUCCGAAUUGCACUUUGCUCACGAGCCGUCUGGGGGCAUAGCCCUGGAUCUGGCUGAGGCUAACUUGGACAGCAUGGACUGGCUAGAGCUGCCAGGGGGUUCUGUCAUGAGCCUGGCUCCCCUGAGCACCACGGCUCCCAGCCUCUUUUCCACAGACUUUCUUGAUGGACACGAUCUGCAGCUGCACUGGGAUUCUUGCUUGUAAUUCUGUGAGCAGAGACUGAAGGGAAUGGGAGUGGGAGGGCACAGGCAUGCAGAUGGAAGAGGCCAGUCAACCAAAAAAAAAAGAAGAAUGAGCUCCUAGUAUUUGAACUCCUCCCCUAACAGUGCCCUUCCUGUGUGAAGCCAGCAGUGGGCCAGGCCAGGGAGAACGGCUGCUGGGGGGGGACAAGAGGCAGGAGGAGCUGUGGGGCUGGCGGCCUCCUGCCCACUCCACACACCCUGGCCCAGCUGGGGUGAGAGCAGAGCCAGCAGCCCCUGUUCCUCCAGGCAGGAGCAAUGGCAGCACAUUGUUCCCUCACGUGGGACAGAGCAUGACUGGGCCUGAGCUGUUUCCAGAAGCAGCACUCUGCUCUAUCCUGGGAUUGGUGGAUAAAGGGGGUUGUGCUGCCCCAGCACGGUUGGUCUUAACGGUUGUGGAAAGGGAUUCUACCUCUGGAGCAGGACAAAAAGGCAGGAGGGCUGGCUGGGGCCCAGAGCAGCUGCCCUCUGCACCACCUGCCAUCUCUCAGAGGAGGGUCUGAUCUGCCACAGGGCUGGGAGGAGCUGGGCAGAACAGGCACCUUCUCUAAAUGUAGCCAAAGGGAACCAGGGCUCCCCACCAACCUGGUACCGUCUAAGCUGGUUUCCCAAAUAUUGCUGAGCUUGGCAGAGGCCUGCCUGCUAGCUUCACUCACUUUGGGCUGCAAAACAGUUUUUUAAGGUGCUAAAAUCAGGUCCUUAUAUGUUAAAACUGCUGUCAGGCACAGCCCAUUGCCCCCAGCUCCCACUGCACUCAUGACAUCCCCAGGUGAGCAGGGCAGUCAGCCUGGGCAGGGACAUGAAAGCGCCUGCGUGUCCUGGGGAGCGGGUGAGGGGCACAGCUGGCAAUCAGUAACAUAUCAUCGGGGGCCAUGUGCAAUCUGUCUCUGCCUUCACUCUGUUGGUGCCUCACUGUAGCACGUGCCCCAGUGGAAAGCAGCAGCUGGGAAUCGACGUUGGACCCCAUAGGCAAGGAAAGGGAAGAGGGACUACAAGCGUGGUGUUGUGUGGCACAGCGCACGUCCUGGUUCAGUGACUGUGAGGGUCCCUUUCUGAUGAGGAACCUGAAAGCAAGUGUUGAGCAGCUGACCUCUGCUCUUCCCUCCCUCCUGUCCCACAGGGUAUAAGGCAAAAGUAAAUGGCUGCUUACUUUGAGCUUGUGCCCUGUGUCCCUGUAAGGCCCCAGGCUGGUGCCUUGGGGCAACUGCAGGCUGAGGAGUGGGUGGACAAGCCCCCAGGCCUGUGGCUCACUCUUAUGCUGUUACUUUAGAAUUCCUGUGUCAUUAGUAACUCAUUGAGCAGGUGGGACGUGGCCUACAUGGAUCCCCACAAGGCUGUCCCUGCUUUGGCCCUGAGCUGGGUCCAGGCUGCUCAUGCUGAGUGAGGUUGGGGAAGCUGUGGCUUCUGAAGUGAUGCAGACUGAGGUACUGACCUGCUCAGGCAAUGAAAAGAUCAACUGCCAUCCUUCUCAAUAUCUCCUUGAGGAUGCUGUCCCCACCUUUCCCCCACGCUGGGCUGCAGAGCUUCCUGCUGGGGAGGGGUAGCUGUGAGCCACGUGCUGCUUCCCUGGAACUUUGGUACCUGGUCCUCUUCCCAGGGAGAGGCUGUGCCACAGGGGUGCUGGUACCUCUGCUCCGUGGUGAGGCAGGUAAAUGCCAACCCUGCAAAAUGUGCUCUCCCUCAGCCACUGAACUGGCAGCUGGGUGGGGUCAUGCCUGUUUGCAGCUGGGAGAUACUCCUGCUUUCCUGAGCCCUUUGCUUGUUAACUGCAUGGGGAGCCACUUUCUUAAUCAUUAGCAGGGGGAGCCUGCUGGCAGCUUCCUUUCUUUCCCCUCCUCUCCUCUGGCCCUGAGCUGUAAGCAAGUUGGAGCCUCUUAUAUGCCUCCCUCAGUGUCUGGGUGGUGGGGACACCACCCCCCUCCCCCCUUCCCCACAGACUGUCUGUUCCUCUAGCUACAGCGUCACAUCCUAAAAAUCAGAAUAAAAGAGUCUGGCGAGUACCCCCUUUAUCCUCCUGAGCCCUCCCGGAAUUCUCUCCUGGCAAAGCCCAGGUGCUCACUGGGAGCAGUGAGUACUUAGCAAUCACCUUACAGAGCUUUCACCAGCUCUGCCCAGCUGUGGGAACAGGAGGCAAGGAGUUUCUAAGGAGGAAAGUAUGGGGGGAGUGGGAGGAACUCCAAGAUGCUAGGGGGAAAAUGUGAGGCUGCCUGUUUGUCAGACUCAAGCAAAAUCAGGUUCUUCAGCCCAGAGGUGCAGUAGCCCCCACAAAAACCAACUGUGUGAUUUCUUUGGUACAAAUAAUUACAAUUCUGCAGCUAUUAAAUAAAGAAGGAAAUUAUCAAUAAAGUGCAGUGAGUUCCUAGAGGAAGGUGGGAGCACUCUAGCUGCAGUCCUGACCUGACCUAGUGAUGGUUCCUUGCCCCAGCCAGGUAUUCCAGUGACUGGCAGAGAGAUGCCAAUGCCUGAUAACAGUGUAGCCCUUCCCGGAGAUUGCUGGUGGAAGGCUGAGCUCACAGCUGCUCCCUUUCGCCUUCACCCAUCCACCACCAGGUGUGAAACUGUAGGAAUUUAAUGACCCUGACUUUGCCCAACAUACUUGCAUUGGCUGAAGAGCUUCAAGGAGCCCAGAGGAUACAGAACCACGAGCCUCAUGUCCUGAGGAGACUGGCUGACCUGUGGGAGACCCCUCUGCACAAGGGGCUUCUGCCAGGAGAGAGAGUGCUAGCCCUGUGCCUGUGGGCAGAGGGGAAGGUGGUACCUCAGCCUCAGAAAUCUUAGAAAGUCUUUUCCCCAAGCAGUGCCCAGAGCAGGCUUGCCCAGUUCUCUGCUUUCUUACUAUUAUUUCUUUGAAUAAUAGUUCAAUAGUUCUUUGUUGGAAGAGGUAUUUCCCUGGACGUACAUUUUUGCACCCAUUGGGAAAAACGACGUCUGAUGUUCUGCCUCUACCUUGAAUGUAAUCCUGAAUCUUUCUGCUGUAACCACUACUUGUUUGUAAUGUGUAUUUGACUAGCACGCACUCUCCCUUCCACUAUGCAGCCACUGGCGAGGGGUGAUCAGCACCAUCACAGUCGGAUGGUGCUGGGGCAUCAGAUCCAGAGCGAGUAUUCAACUGGAAAAGGAUAAAAGUGACAAGUUAAUGGGGGAGAGAAUGGAUCUUUAAAUUGAAUUAUUUUUUCAGUUACAAAUAUUUGAAGAAAAAAAUCCAUUUUAUUAAAAAAAUUCCAAACA